AUGGGUCGACAAGCGCAGGUUGAAGAGCGAAGGCGCCUUGCGGUGGAACACGCCGAGCGCGAGAAAAAAAUAAAUGCAACGAUUUCCGCGCUUCGCGCGGAGGAUUCGGCGCGCAUCGAUGAACGAGAUGCGGCGUUGAAAGCGGCGCGAGAAGCGCAUUCGCGCGCGCUCUUUGAGCAAAUGUCGUCGCGAGAGCAUGACAGACUCGCAAGCUUAGAGGAGCGACGUUACGAACGGGCGCAACUGAACGCGCGAUGGGAACAAGAAAAUACGAUCGACGCCGCGAAUCAGCGGGAGGAAGCGCUCAGGCAGCGCCAAGUCCACGCGGACUUGCUUCGCUCGAACGCAGAGCGGCAGUUGGAGUCGUUGGCGGCGCUCGAGGAGGAACGGGCGUGCGACGCUCGAUUGGUUGAAAACGCGAUGGAAGAGGAGCGCAUACAUGCCAAAGAGCACGCCGAGCUCGUCGCUCGGCGACGCGAGGAAGAGAUCCUCUUCCGAAAGUAUCUAGAGGAGCUCACUUCAGAGAAGCGCGCGAACAAAGAAAUAGACGACGUGGCUGUCGAGGAGGCGCGACUGGAGCACGAAAGAAAAUUGCGAGCGCGCGAAGAACUUGAAGCACAUCAAAGAGAACAGUUGAUGAAGGAUGUGAUUGAUGGUCGUCGCCAACAAAUCGCCGAGGCCGAGGCGAAGAAGCGCGCGGAGAAGGAGGAAGAGCUCGCGUGGCGCAGGGCAAACGAGGAAGACAUGGAGCUCGCGAGGCGUCAACUCGACGAGAAGCUUCGCAUGGCGACCGAAGCGAGUCUCCGACAUCGGGCAGAACUAGAGGCUCAAAUUAGCGAACGAAAAUCCAGAUUAGGCGACGGAGACGUAUCGUCUGCAUUUGUCGAUGUCGACGUCGAACGAAACGAGCGAUUCGCUCGACGUUUCGCCGAAGAGAAGCAGACGUCGAAGGUGUAUUCUUUUUAG